GAUGAGAUCAGAGGGGAUCGGCUUUCAGUGUUUCAUGUCUCUCUCUCUCUCUCUCUCUCUCUCUCCCUCUGUCUCUCUCUCUGUCUCCUCUGUCUGUCUCUCUCUGUCUCUCUGUCUCUCUCUCUGUCUCUCUCUCUCUCUCUCUCUCUCUCUCUCUCUCUCUCUCUCUCUCUCUCUCUCUCUCUCUUUCUCUCUCUCUCUCUCUCGCUCUCUCAAAAAAGGCUGAAGUGGAACUGAGACAGGAGUGUGGCUCAAAGUCUGUAGUGACGGUGCUGCCUUGGAAACACUCUUUGGAGUUGGAGCGUGAGUGUGUUUGGGGGGAAGAAGAGAAGUGAUAGCCUCAGGACAGAUAAGCUCCGGGGAAGGGAAAAAAGAGGGAGGGAACAAGGGAGGAGGCAGAGGUGGGCAGCACUCUGAGGAAAGAGGGAGGCAUUUCUCUUUCUCUUUCUCUCACAGACACACUCACCGGCUGCUUCUCUCUUAUUCUUCUUCCUCCUGUGUGCUCGGGGUUUUCUUUUCUUUUUGCCGGCAGCUGGCUGGAGGAGUUUUGCUGUGUUUUGUCUAGAUCUGAACAUGGACUUGGGCUGAGGGGCUUCACGCAGCGAGACAUCAGAAGAGCCACUGGAGAUUCACUGAUUAGCAGCAGCAGCUCUGUCUCACUGAAGACAUUUGUGGCAUGAUACCAGACUGCCUACCUCUUCCCUUCAUCACCAUCCACCUCUCUCUGGUCAGGGACUCUCACCUCAGCUCCACCGCAUUGAUGAGGUAACGUCAAGCAGCACCCAUCUGCACAGACACCUUCCUCUCUUCCCCUUUUUCCUCCCCCAACCAUUCCCAUCUCAGCCAUGGGACAGAAGAUCUCCAGCGGCAUUAAAUCUGUGGACAGUCGUGGGGAAACUGGAGGCUCACCAUCCUACCGGCCCUUGGCUCACCGAAGGCAACACCCAGAACUGAGGGACCCAGAUUUCUCCAAACCCCCCCGGCUGGACCUCCUGCUGGACAUGCCUUGUGCUGGACCAGAGACCCAGCUUCGUCAUGCAUGGAACCCUGACGACCGCUCACUUAAUAUUUUCAUCAAAGAUGAAGAUAAAAUGACAUUUCACCGCCAUCCGGUUGCUCAGAGCACGGACUGUAUCCGGGGGCGGGUUGGAUACACGCGGGGUCUGCAUGUGUGGAGGAUCCACUGGCCUUCCAGACAGCGUGGCACCCAUGCUGUGGUUGGAGUCGCUACCUUAGAGGCUCCUUUACAUUCAGUGGGGUACACAGCAUUAGUGGGGUCAGACUGUGAAUCCUGGGGCUGGGAUCUGGGACGCAACAGGCUCUACCAUGACAGUAAAAACAGGGCACACGGCUCGCUGCCCUCUUAUCCAUCUUUCCUAGAGCCGGAGGAAUCAUUCACCCUGCCUGACUCUCUCUUAGUGAUUCUAGACAUGGAUGAGGGGACACUGAGCUUUAUGGCAGAUGGACAGUAUCUGGGAGUCGCUUUUAGAGGACUGAAAGGCAAGAAGCUGUAUCCUAUCGUGAGCGCCGUGUGGGGACAUUGUGAGAUAUCCAUGAAGUACAUCAAUGGCUUGGAUCCCGAGCCUCUCCCUCUCAUGGACCUGUGUCGGCGUGCAGCCCGCCUGGCGUUGGGUCGGGAGCGUCUGCAGGAGAUCGAGAGCCUCCCACUGCCCCAGUCCCUGAAAAAUUACCUCCAAUACCAGUGACUGACACCAGCAUAGCACAAUGGAAACACAAGGACUUACACCAGACCACCUGAAAGUCUGGAGAAAGGAAUGAGAUAUGGAAGGUGGAAAUAAAGAGCAGGUGCUGAAGAGGAAGAAAGAGAACGAGCACCAAAGCUAUACAAAAGAUGGAUUGAUAAAAUGAUGGAAGAGGAAUAGCAGGUCAGAGCAUUCAAAAUCGGAGCAGGACAGCACCAGCUUUUUUUGAUCUCCAGCUGCUUCUUUUUUCAGUUUUUGACUUGAAAUAAAUUAUUGAUGAUGGUAUCCCAUCAGUGUCUCACUCACCCUGAAAGAAAACCCAUCCUGUGACGGCUUGGAGUGGUUUACAGGUGACAGAGACUGGUGUUAAGACAAAUAUCGCCACCUAGUGAUGAGAAUGAACACUGCAGCAAGAAAGCACACUAAUCCUUCCAUGGAGGCCUUUCUGACACACUGUCAGUGAUCAUAUCAAUGCUGUGGGAUACUCAAGUGUAUACAUGGUCUUCACAAACACAGGUUACAGGCUACCACAGUGUUUAGCGCUAGUUUUAUUUUGAUCUAGUUGACUCAGGCCCAAUUUAAAGCUCACAUGUCACAGAACAGAUGAAAACGUUGUGUGCAGAGUUUCUUCCCUGGCGUUGUGUAGACAUUGAAUGAGAGAGAAGCCCUUUUCAGAGACAAAAUUCAUUUUUUCCCGUUAUUUAAAAUUUGUUCUGUAAAAGUUUGAUGUUCAAAAUGAUUUGGACAAUGUCAAGAUUUUUUUUGUGAGGAAGGAAGAAGUGAGCCUCAGAAAAAGUGAAAAUAGUGAUAAGAAGGAAAGUAGAUAAGAGAAAAGUGUGCCUGUCAUGGAUUCUAAAAUGUGUUUUGCCUUUUAAGUCUUAAUCAAUGACCAUUGUCAUUGUGCAGACAGCUCAGUACCAGUCCUCACUCCUCAAUUUCAACAUUAGAUAAAUUAUUUUAAUAAUUUAUAAUUUAAUUUAUUUCUAACCUAUUAAACACAAAUCACAGCUGAAUAAAACAACUCCUGUAAGGAUUAAAUUAGUCGAAUCCUUAAUGAAAAUUAAAUUUUCCAAAUGAGCACCAUUAGAUUGCAACCAAUUGAAAGGCCAACGGAAAAAGAAAUGUAUCUUUCUUUAAUAUGUAAUAACGAAAACUGUUUUAACUGCAGCAUAAAAUGUUUUACCUGUAGGAGCUCACACAUCAGAGUAUGAAGCUUAAUGAGAUAAUAAUUUCUGAGUCAUUAAUCAGCGAGCAGGAAAACAUUGAAUCCUUUGUUGUGCAUGCUUUAAACUGCUGCAGCCUUCCAGUUACUGUGGUUAGAUUGAAUUCAAAUCUGCAUUGUGUGGGAAGUGAAGGAGAAAUUAUUCCAGAUCAGAUGUAAUAAACUUCGUCAAGACUUUUACAGAACGAGCUGCAUGCCUGAAAAGGGCUUUAAUAAAGAGACAAACAAGCGGUUUAAAACAGUGACGAGUUUUACAGAGAAGCAUUGCUCACACAAUAUUAAAUAAUUUAUCCUUAAGUCAGUUGGACCAAAGUGUUUCAUCGUGUGUGUGUGUGUGUGUGUGUGUGUGUGUGUGUGUGUGUGUGCGUGUGAGCUCUGUAUUGUGGCCAGUCACAGUAUAACCAGUUCUAACAUGAUGUUUGCAGUAAGAGGAGCCUCACCUGCUGCUGCUGUAGCACCCUGCUGUAGCUCACUGGUACCAGACAUCUGUCUUCUCCCGCACAACUGUCUUAAUGACCACAACAAACAAACAAACAAACAAACAAACA